UGAGCGUUCAGAAGGGUUGCCUAGAUCAGCUGCAGUAAACCUGACCAAACCGUCUGUCCAACAUGACCUUCUCCGCAGAAGAAAAAGCCGCAAUCAAAGGCAUCUGGGGCAAAGUGGCUGGACAAGCCAGUGAGCUUGGAGCCGAAGCUUUGGAGAGGCUGUUUAAGAGCUACCCUCAGACCAAGACCUAUUUCAGCCACUUUGACCUGCACCCCGGCUCUGCUGACCUCAAAUCCCAUGGUGGGAAGGUUGUGAAUGCCAUCGGAGAGGCCGCCAACAACCUGGACCAUAUUGACCAAGCCCUGUCUGCCCUCAGUGACCUGCAUGCCUACAAACUGAGAGUGGACCCUGGAAACUUCAGGCUCCUGUCUCACAACAUCCAGGUGGUCCUUGCUCUCCAUUUCCCUGCUGACUUUACACCCAUUGCCCAGUCUGCCUGGGACAAGUUGCUUUCUGCUGUCUCCUCUGUCCUGGUGUCCAAGUACAGAUAAGCUCCUCCUGCAACUGAAUAUUAGUGAAAAUGUGACCACUGGUCCGACCAUCUCUGUUCACUCUGCAAUAAAAAUUUGCUGAAAUAA